CCACAUAUCUGACCUUUCAUCAAUCCCCAGACGAAUCAGCACUCGAACCAUGCAGCUCUCAUUCAUCAGUAACCGCUAUUGGAUUCUUCACUACUGCUCUUGCUACGGACGCAUCCGAUGUUAGCCACCCACCGCAUCCGUACUCAGCCCUCCCUACCCAUCCCAUCGACCCGGCUCACCAGACACGCCCGGUGUUCCUAAUUGUCCCGCUACAUGCAACGCAUACCGGGGACAUUCCCGAACAUACCGGACUUUAUUGAUAUUGGCCUUGGCCUAGGUCUGGAUCUGGGGCUUGGUAUACAUCUCUAAAUAACCGUUGGUAGCCAUGCUGGUUGCAUUAAUAAUCAAUACAGGUAUCAACAUCCUGCUGUACAUGAGAUGGAUAAACACACUGCAAUGACGCAAUGAUUAUGUAUAAUACCAUUUUACUGACAAAUAUAGUCCAGGCUAUCCAUCAGCAGGCAAUAGCAUGGCACAUAUAGCAUUAAAGGAAAUAUUCCAUAAAGCAUCUGUACUGUAGUGUGCAUUGUUAGUGGGACGUUCACCAGGAUUGAUUCAAU